UGCUAUGGGCAGGCCCCUAUUAUUUUGUGAAAACAAUCCUUUGAAAAUAGUCUGAAAUUUUCAAUAGUCUGAAAUAAAACAGCUGACCUUCAAAAUCUGGGUCAAUAGAAGAAGCACUUUAGUGCCAACAAGUUAAUGGCUGAAGAGUUUUUUUCUUUUUGUUUGUUUUGAGCUGGUUGCAGUUUAACACAAUGAGCCUUUGCUUUUUGCAAAACUUCCCACACUCUCUUGUUAUUUUAAUGACAAAACUUUACAGCGGCGGUCCAUGCCAGGGGCCAAACUCUGCGCAGCCCCGCGUGUCUUCUUGAGAGAAAAAUCAACAAAGACCUCAAUUGAGGCCCUUGUUUCCUGAGCAAACAAAAUGAAAUCUAUCGCACUCAUUUCCUGUUAAUUCGCAUGAAACCGGACCUUGAUCGGUUCUGAGUGUGACACAGGAAUGUUGUGCCGCAGACAGCUAACGGUGAAUCACGCAACGGUGUGUCUGCAAGCUGAAAAAAAGGCUGGAGUUUCCCCCCCUGGGUGUGGAAGACUGGAAGUGUAGUGAGUGGGAGGUGCAGAGAUGAAGAAAUGGCAGUGAAAACAAAGGCGACACAUUUGAGGACCUGGGCUGGAAGCUGAUGAGGACGCAGUAGUUAAAAGGCUUUUUCAUGGCUGGGCUCAAUGACAGCUGCACUGACCUGGAAGUACUCCUGAAACGUUACUACCUAUCUGUUGCUUAUGGCAUCAUCUUUGUUGUGGGCCUCGUGGGGAACAUUACAUCCAUAGGCAUUUACCUGACAAAGCUGCGUCCAUGGAAGAGCAGCAGCAUUAUCAUGGUCAACCUGGCGCUAACGGAUCUCUUCUAUGUCCUCUCCAUGCCUUUUUUGGUCUACUACUACAGCAACGGGGAAUCGUGGAUGCUCGGCGACUUCAUGUGCCGCUUUGUGCGGUUUGCGUUUCAUUUCCACCUGUACGGGAGCAUCCUGUCCUUGUCCUGUGUUGCGGUUUUCCGUUUUUUGGUGGUGAUCCAGCCUCUGAGAGUGGUAGAGGUGCAACAGAAGGUUUGGGGAAUCGUUGCCUGCUUGGUUGUCUGGAUUGUCUCUGCUGCUGAAGUCACACCAAUGCUUACCAUCAUAUCACUGACCCACAAGGACAACAUGACAUUUUGCAUUGACUUUGCUAACAUAGAGUCAGUCGGUAGCAUUCGGGAGUACAACUGGUUGCUCACUGCGUUUGGGUUUGUUCUACCCUCAAUGCUGGUGUUCGUCUGUUACAUCGGCAUUGUGAAACGGCUCACUAGUGGAUCCAGCGCCACCAGCUCCUGCAGGAUGCGAGCACGGCGUGUCAUCGUCCUCAUCCUGGUGGUGUUUGCAAUGUGCUACCUGCCGUACCACAUCUUACGAGUGUUGUGGGUGGAAAUUCGAACAAAUUCAGCAACAAAGUGCACGAAAUAUGUCGUGAAAGCAGCUUAUAUUAUCUCAAGGCCUCUGGCGGGACUCAACACAUUCUUUAACCUGGCUUUGUACACUCUCUCAGGAGACAACUUCAGGAAGGCCUUUGUGGACAUUUUUUGCCGGGAACAAUGGCUCGCCAAGGCAGCGUCCCUGCUCCACCUGAACAUCGUCCACCGGGCUGAGAUUGGCAUGACAAACAACUAAUGACUUUUUUUUUACUGAACGGACACUAGAGAGCAUAAUUUGUCACAUCACAAUUGGACAGUUAGUGUUAUUUGGCAUUUGCCAACAAUUUCAGACAGUAUGUAAAUGUCACCAGAGUUUGCAUCAAUGAGACAAUAGAUGAGCAAAUUACCUGGGUUAAUUUAAGCUUUCUAAUUGUUGCUCUGACUAUAAAUGGACAAGUGUAUGUGUAUGCUUAAUAUGUAGUCAUUUUAUCUUAGUUGAGUAGUAUGUUUACAGUUUUGAACUCUAGCCAAUUUCUGUCACAUUUUGCUGUACCUUGCCAAAUUACUAAUAACCCUUUUGCCUGUUAUAGAUCUUGUCACUUUAAAAAAACUGUAAACAUCAAUGCAGUUUUCUAAGAUCUAAUGUCACAGACCAGCACACUUUGUGAAAUGGAAAGAAAGCUACACACUGUUUUCAAAAAUAACAAAUAAAAGUCUCAAAAAUGUGAA